GGAGUGGCCUGGAAUCCAUCUCGCGACUCUUUCCAUUUUCGCGUGUCACUUGCCCGCAUUGCCCCCACUACAAAACGGUCUAUUCUUUCAAUUAUCGCUAAAUUAUAUGAUCCUCUCGGCUGGGUUGCUCCCGCCACAAUUUCGGCAAAAAUCUUUAUCCAAGAGCUCUGGCGCCUCCGCGUAAGUUGGGACGAGACCCUCCCAGAAUCGUCACUACGUAAAUGGCAAAAUAUUUACACUCACUGGCGAGGCCUCGAUGGCGUUUCCAUUCCGCGCUGGACCGGGUUACACCCCACUUCCCCCGUCGUUGAGCUCCACGGGUUUGCCGACGCUUCGACCGUCGCGUACGCUGCUGUUAUUUACCUAAAGGUUGUCUCCUCUACCGGAGAGACAACCGUCUCCUUAUUAGCUUGCAAAUCGAAAGUAGCGCCUCUCAAGCCUCUUACAAUACCGCGCCUCGAAUUGUCGGCGGCAGUUCUAUUGGCGCGGUUAUUUGAAUUCAUCCGUGCUUCGAUAUGCGUCCCACCAGUUCAAUGCUUCUGUUGGACUGACUCUUCCGUCGUCCUA